UCGGUUGGCGUUUGCAAGAUCGUCACGUUCUUGUCAUCGGUGGUAACCAGAUUGCAGCGAACCGGAUUGAAUUCGUUUUGAACGCAAGACCACGAAAGAUAACCCUGAUAACGCCAAUUAAAAAUAUCUCUUCCAACAAAAUCAGAAAAUACAUAGUAGAACGUACGGUUACGCACAAAAAUAGCGAAUUCGAAAGAAAACACCUGAUUGACGAAAAUGAGAUACCCGUUGACCUCAUCCUCUCCGCUGUUGAUGAUGUAAGCUUGUCGAAGGAAAUCGCAGCAAUUGCUCGCGAACUAAGAAUACCGGUUAAUGUCGCCGAAAUACCUCAAAUAUGUGAUUUCUUGUUUAUGCCAACCUAUCGAGAAGGCCAUCUUCAGGUCGCCAUAUCCACAAACGGAACUGGCUCGCAGGUCGCGCGAAAGCUUAGGCAACACAUCAUCGAAAGUUUACCGAAGAAUAUAACGUCUGCAAUUGAUAAUGUUGCCCUGAUCAGACAAAAUCUUGGGGCGGGUAAUGCUUCCGCUCUGUUCAAAAUCACAGAUUCCUUGCCUCUCAACGAGCUCGCCGACCUUACCCAAGAAGACAUCGAUAGACUGAUCGCAGAACACAAAAAUAUCGAGUUAGAUAAGUCUGAUGUCUCGUCGUUGUCCUCCACAACCGUUGGAGACUUGAAUGAUAACUCCACGUUAUCCAUCAAAUCAAGUAUUACGGGUAACGACGCUUUCACCAAUGGCGGCAAGAAGUUUGUGGAUGGUAAAACGGCAGUCGCGCAUGUGGCCUACGCUCUGAGCAGCUUUAAUUUUGUUUACCCCACAACUCGAUAUCAUUAUCCGGGGGAAGUCACCUUGCAAUGGUCUGCUCGGGAUGAAUUGAAUGCUUUCGGAAAGGUUUGCAGUGUCGUUCAGAUGGACACUCGCUCGGGAGCCAUGACGGCAAUUUUGGGUGCCGCUUCUUUUGUGGACUCGAGUGAAAUUAUUUCAGUCUUUUCAUCAUCACAAUCAAUCGUCUUGAUGAUCCCAAACCUGUACGGUAUCUCACGAAAGAGACUCUCAUUAGCAAUUCAUGUUUCCGCUCAUAGUUAUGAUGACAACUUGGAGAAUUUGACCGAUUAUUCGGACGUACUUUUGUUACGUGACACGGGAAUGGGAAUUAUCAAUUCAUACUCUACACAGGAAAUUCACGACAUCGCGUUGAUAACUCAUCUGAUUUCCAUGUCCACGAAAUCUCCGAUGUUGCAUAUUUUCGAUGGGGUGAGAACAGCCCACGAGUUUUCUCAGAUUGACCUUUUGUCGUAUUCCAAGAUAUCUAGAAUAAGUUCAGAGAUUCUCUCGGCGGCAAAUCAUUGGCCUACAGGCGACAUCGUGGAUAUAUUUGAGAAAGUUGCAAGCAAAGUUGGAAAAGCCAUUGGACGUCGGUAUCAUGCGUUUGAAUAUGUCGGUUCGCCUGCCGCUGAGACGUUGCUGAUCAUCUACGGUGGCGGAACAACGAUAGUGAGGGAAACCGUGGAGCGUAUCAGUCAGAGCGGUAGUAAUGUUGGUGCCAUCAUCGUUAGAGUUUACAGGCCGUGGUCGGAAAACCAUUUUCUGGAAGUAUUACCCAGGACAGCGAAACGUGUUGCGGUCCUGGAACAGGUUCCUUCGAAUGUCAAUUACUCUCGCAAUGCGAGCUCUUCACUAUUCAGCGACGUCGUCGCCACGUUGUCUGGCGCUUGGAUCAAUUCUACUGGAUCCCAUCCCGAACUAGUGGACGUUAAAUAUCCAUCGCAACGAUUCAACUUCAGCACCGUUAGCUUGCUUAUUAAGCAAGUUGAAACUGGCGGUAUUGUUGAUUUUGAUGAGAUCCUGUCGAAUAAGAAUGAUGGCCUCGACAUUCAACCAAUCUCGACCGAUGUAAAACAAUGUACCUUUUGGGAUGCUGAAUCUCGGGAAACUUUUUCGUCCAGUCGACAUAUUGCUCACAUAUUGGCGUAUCACACGCCUUUAAAUGUGUCGAGUCUCUCCACCUUUGACAUUUUUAAUCAUGGCGGAGUUGCGACCACUAAUUUACAAUUCGGGAACAGAGUCAACAAUGGGAGAAUAUACGAUGCCAACACUGGUAUCGAUUUUAUUUCCAUUCAUGAUGUUAGCUUAACCGCGAAAUAUGACACUUUAGCACACGCCAAAAGUGGUGCCAUUGUCCUUCUAAAUACAAGCUGGACCAUGGAUGACCUAGAAACAAAACUCCCCAACGAUUUUAGAUACGAAGCUUCAAAACGUAACAUACAACUAUAUGUCAUUGAUGCCGAAAAAUUCGUCAACGAUUUGAACUUGAGCACAGAAGUCGGCACUAGUAUCAUUUUGCAAGUUGCCUUUUUGAUUAUUUUUAAUGGCAAGUUCAAACUUGAUCGUAGUCUGGAGGAUUCCAUAGCCGACUUUUAUGAUGGUAAUGGCGAAAAAGAAAUUAGAUCACAGGUUCGCUUCAUCAUUCAGGAGACCGGAAAAGCACUCGCUCGUGUCGAACUUCCGCCGACAUGGCAAAUUUUGGAUAAGACCGAUCAAAUUUUACCAUCGUUUGUCGACAACAAUUCCUUUGGAAGAAAUUUCGAUAAGCCAUUGAUCGAAGGGCCCAAACACCUCAACUGGCACACGGUAGCGCAAAACCUUCUUUUCAAAGAAGCAUACGGCACGGAUCAACUCACUCGACCUGAUGUUGCGGAGAAAACUUACGUCAUUCGUGUAUCUGAGAACCGACGGCUAACACCCGUAACGUAUGACCGGUAUCUGUUCCAUAUUGAAUUUGACACCACAGGAACAGACUUGAAGUAUGAUUUGGGCGAGGCUCUUGGUGUAUACGGUCAUAAUGAUCCAGAGGAGGUCAAUCAAUUCUUAGAAUACUACGGGUUGAAUCCCGAUGACCUUAUUUCAAUUCCUAACAAAGAGGGUAAUCGAUAUGAGACGAGAACCAUAUUUCAAGUGUUCUCUCAGGUCCUUGAUAUAUUUGGCCGACCGUCAAAGCGUUUCUAUGAGUCUUUGUCGCUUUAUGCCACGAACGAGAACGAGAGAGAUCGACUGUUGUGGAUAGCGAGCAAGGAGGGUGCCGAAGAAUUUAAGCGUCGCGUUGCUGAUACAAUCACAUACGUCGAUUUACUAUUUGAGUUUACCUCGGCAAAACCACCUGUGGAAGAUUUGGUACAAAUGGUCACUCCUAUCAAACCGCGUCACUAUUCAAUUGCUUCUGCGCAAAGUAUUCAUCCUAAUGGCGUACAUUUGUUGGUGGUGACGGUCGAUUGGGUUAACUCGGCUGGUAAAAAACGAUUCGGUCAAUGCACGCGUUAUUUAUCUGGUCUCAAAAUUGGAGAGCAAGUUACAGUCUCCAUAAAGCCGUCAGUCAUGAAGCUUCCUCCGCGAGACACACAACCAGUUAUAAUGGCAGGUCUCGGUACAGGAAUGGCGCCUUUCCGCGCAUUUAUCGAAGAGCGAGCUUAUCGCAAAUCACAGGGAAAAGAGGUCGGACCAAUGGUUCUUUACUUUGGUUCUCGCAACAAGUCCAUGGAAUACCUCUAUGGCGAGGAACUUGAAGCCUAUCACUCCGAAGGAUUGCUUUCGCAUCUUCAGUUGGCAUUCUCUCGUGAUCAACCGCACAAGGUCUACAUCCAACACAAGAUGAAUGAGGAUGCUAAUCUAUUACACCAAUACUUAUUAAAAGAUGAAGGAUGGUUCUACUUGUGCGGUCCCACGUGGCCAGUGCCAGAUGUGAGAGACGCGAUCGUGAACAGUUUCGUGACGGUCGGAGGUUUAUCAGAGGGCGAGGCGAUAGAUUGUAUCAAUAAGCUAAAGGAUUUGGAGCGAUACAUUUUGGAGGUUUAUUAA